AUGCCGAGAGGCGGAGAGAGCCCGGUGGGACCCGCCGUGGAGCCCGGACCAGGGACACCCGCGGCGGGGUCCGAGGUCCCUGUCCCAGCCCUCUCUUGCGAAACUGCCGGUAAAAUGUACCCACAGGUGUCCCCUGUCCACGCAGCCGCCGGGCAUUGCUCGUCGUUGCUCCACUUGGAAAACAACCGCCCCGAGCUGAGCGCCCGCCGGCUCCCGGCUCUGCUGGGGAGGGGGUGUCGGGGGGCCGGGGAGCACCGCGGAGCUGGGGAGAAGCUCCCCGGCCAAGCCCAUCUCUGGAGGUCGUUUUACGGCUAUCGCCCGCUCCUUCCUCCCCUCGCAACCAGCUCCCCGCGGGGGAAAAAAAACUUCGCUGCACCAAAAAUAAAUCUGACCCAAGUGCCCGCACCCGGCCGGGGAGCCGGGGCCAGGGGCAGCGCUGGAGCGCACCGUCCCCGCGGAGCCCCGGCCUUGCCCCGGCAGAGAAAAGCGGAGAAGCCGCCGCUCCCUCGGGUGGGCUCCGGCAGCGGGGACGGGACUUGUGCGGGGCCGGGCGGAACGAAAUCCGCCGCCCCAGAAACGCUGCCAGAAGCGGGGGAGCGGGGAGCAGCCUCCCCGGGCGGGCAGGCAGCGCAGUGCCCAGCUCCCCGCCUUUCCCCGGGGCUUUUUCGUUUGCAAACGAACUCCCGGGGCGACCCAGUGGCCCCGGGGUCGGCGAACCUGCAGGGUCCGGGCCCCUGCGGAGUGGAGCUGGGCACGGCGGUGCCCGGGCCGCCUCCUGCCGCCCUGCCGCAGGGCCAGGAGAGGGGGGGUGAGCCAGAAUUUGAGCGAGCCCCUGGGCCGGUGUAA